CAUGCAAUCGAUAAACGAGUUGCUAACACAAUGAAAAGUUUAUACCUUAUAUUUGAGUUAGUAAAAUUAUUUUUUUUGUAAUUUGUGAUUAUAAGCAGUUGGAGUAUAUGUAUAACUGUAAGUUUUUUGUACUAUAUUAUCAAAUUUAUGCUUAUUCACUGUCGUAUACGUGCAACGGCUGGGAUUUUCCGUGAGCCGGAGAGGACACACCAAGAUGGCGGAGAAAGUGACGCUAGAAGACCAAGUAAAAAUGUCACAACGUAAAGAAUGGUACGGUCGGCUAACUCUUCUCUUGUUCGGAUGUGUAACGAAAUGGAGCAGACGCUUGGUGAUGAAAUGCGUGAAAGAUUCGUCACCUGGAGACCACGAACCAUAUCCUUGGGAAGUUAAGCAUUUCUUGAAGCACAACAGAGGAAAGAUUUUGCGCUCAGAUCAUGGAUCUCGCAAAAGAGAUAAGAUGUUUAAUCGUGGCGGAAAUGGAGAUAUCAACAUUGAGGACUGGGAUCUUUCGCUCUGCUGUUUCGUCUUACAAAAAAUUUGUCAACUCCCGUCAAAUAUAGCUGAAGACAUCAAAUAUGUAAGAAAAGUCCGCAACCAAUUGUGUCAUGCUCCAAGACCAGAGCUGCAGGAACACAGAUACGAUAAAUGUAUGUACAAACUUAGCCAAAUACUUCAGACAGGACUGGCGUUUAUUGAUGAUACUGAUUUGAAAGAAAAAACAAUGGAAGACUUUGAAGACUGCAAGACAGGGCGGUUUAGUUUAGAUGUAGACAUGUGUACUGAUAUGAAUAAACAAUGGCGGCAACAGGAAGCGGAAUUAGGCGAAAUCAAGACAGGUCUUGAUCAAGACGAUAAAGAGGAAGUAAUUGCUGUUACAAGACGAGACAGUGUAAUACUAUCGAAUCAGGCAGUCCCAAAUCGUUCCUUUUUAGACGCUUCUGUUGAACUCGUUCUGACGGGAUGCACGGACGACAACCGAACUAAUAUAUCUGAGCUCCUUGUCAGUCUGUUUAAUAAAAACUUAUCAAAGAACAAAGCUAUUUACAGUCAGCAGUCACAGGAGCAAGUGGAAAUCAUUCAAGACGCUGUUUCUGCAACAGUUACCUCACUCAUGUCUGAUGGAAUAGAAAUAAUAUCUGCAAAGAAGAAAUGCGUCAGCCUUACCAUAAGGUGUAAAUCAUUCUUCGCCCUUGCAUCUUUAUUGAAAGAAUGUGUCACGGGGGAAAUGACGCAGAAAUUUGACGCAGUGGCAGUGGCAUUACGGAAGGCUUACGGUCAUUGUGAGCUAUGUGUUGUUAUCUAUGAGGAUGAAUUCUGGAAAUGCAUUAUGGAGACAGAUACUUCAAAUGAGACAGAUAGCGAGACCAUUGGUCAUGGGUAUGAAAAGCACACAGAAAUGAAAUCAAGCAAAACUAGUGAACACGAAAAUGGGAGCCGGUCUCUUUCCGUUGAUAAGUCUGCAGCAGAAAGUGAACUGGGUCAUAACUUAGUGGAUACGUAUGUCAAAAAUGAAAGUUCCAACAAAGAAAUCAAGAAUCAGGUUGAACAACAAGAAUUUGAAUUUGAGAAAUGCAAAUUGCAUACAACCAAAGUAGUAGAAUGUUUUUGUAGUCGCCACGACGUGCUUUGUUGUACAAUUUGUGUUGUAUCUGAGCAUUCAAAGUGUGGGGAAAAUGUUAUAUACAUUCCUAACGAAGUUCGUGCCACCGACGUGGCUGACAGUCCAGAGCUAAAAACGGUAACAAAUAAACUCAAAGCUCUUACUGAAAGAACAAAUUACAGUCAAGCUCGUGUAAAAUUGAAUAGAAAAGCCAUCGAUGCUUAUAAAGGUGAUACAAAAUCGUAUAUAAACCAGUUACAAAAAGAAGUGAAUGAACGCUUUGAACAGAUGAAGUGUGAAAUUGAUGAAAAAUUGAACGAUUUCAGGAGAGAGGACACUGAAAGUAUGGAGGCCCUGGAUUCGUAUUGUUCCUCUGUCUUAAAAAUGUUAGAAGGAGAAACAAAUGAAAUCGCUGAAGUAGAGAAAAGCAGGAAUAUGUGUCAACUGUAUGUAACUAUGAAGAAACAAAAGAUGAACGCGUUCAAGCUUGAGCAACAUGUGAAAGAAAUUGAGAAUAAAAACAAAAUACAUCGAUAUGAAUUUCAGCCAGAUUCUAAACUUGUUGAUUUAUUACAAGGAAAACUGGAAGGUAUAGGUCGCAUUAUAACACGUGAAGCCAAGACAUACAAAGCAAGGCAUGUAAUCAAUAUUGACAUAACUGCACAAGAAGACAAUGACUCUAGCAAAUGUUGUAUUUCGGGAAUAACAGUUCUGUCUGAUGAGUAUCUUGUAGCCAGUGAUUCCGAAAAUAAACUUAUGAAGCUAGUAUGCAUCAAGAAAAACAAAGUCAAGUCGUCCGUUUUGCUAAUGUCCUCUCCAGCAGAUUUAACUGCAAUUAAUGAAAAAGAAAUCGUCGUUGCACUUCCGGAUGCGAACAUUUUGCAGUUUGUGACAUUAUCAGAUGAAAUCAACUUGAAGGCCGAUCGAAGAAUUUCAGUAGAUCAAGCAUGUUACGGUGUAGCUUAUCAUGAUAGCAAGUUGAUUGUUUCCUUUAUCCCAAAAACGUAUUUGCGACCGAGCACAGUACAAAUUCUAGAUAUGUCUGGAAAAACACUGAAGUGCAUAUAUCAAACGUGGAUUGGAAGUCCGGGUUACCUUACCAUCAAUAGCUCAACAGGUAACCUGUACAUAUCGGACUGGUAUAAUGCAACCGUGACUAGCUUGUCUCUGGACGGCACCGUAAAGGCAGUGUUUUCGAACAAGAACACGAGAAAGCCAAGUGGUAUUAUUCACGACUCAGAAGGGUAUGUUUAUGUAUGUGGUCGUAAAACUAACAACAUCAUUCAGUUGUCUGCUGACUGCAAAGAAGUUCAGAUACUAGAAGGACUUGAGGCAAAUGUGCUAGAACCUGUUAGCUUAGCCUUCAGUAAGGGUGAGCAAAGGAUGUACGUAGGAAUGGAUAGUAGUAAGGUCAUCAAAGCAUUCUAUCUGAUAUGAUGAGUUCACAUAAUAAGACAAAAGGGACAAAAUUCUGCCGUCGGCUUCAUUUUCUAAAUUUGCCGUUACUUAUUUUUCUUUUCAAAUGUUGUUGAACCUUCUCUAUAAAUUUUGACUUUGACUAAAGUGUUAAUAAUGUAAUAUAAUAGUUUCCACUGAGAGACUUUGAUUCAAAUAUUUAUAUGGUUACAUAUAUAUAGAUAUGUUUUCAUGUUGUUCCUUUACGUUGUGUGUCAGAACUCUGUAAAUAUUGCAGUCUAUUGUAAAUAUGUUCAGCUUUUCCUGUAAAUUGAAAGGAAUGAAGUAUCUAUCUGUUUACCUAUAAUUCAGGGUACGUAACUAACUCUUUUCUACCAGUCUAACAUGAGCAAUCUGUGAACCCUGUGAUUACCUAGAUACAUUUUAUGUAAGCUUGCUCCAGUUCUUAACGAAAUAUUAGAUCGCAUGUCGUUUAUCUUUCAAACAAUAUGGUGUUAUCAUAGCGAUUUCAUAUAUCUUUUAACAGAUAAAGACUUUGUUUAAAGGCACCUGCCUCAAGAUAGUUCGAAAACAAGCCAAAAAUUUUUUUAGAUAUCUGGAAAUUAAUGCCGUGUUUCUUAAGAAUCUUUGAAACUCAAUUAUUGACAGAUUGUAUGUUACGAAAACACACGAGAACUAGUUGUUUUUACUACUUUUUACGAUGAAAAUCGAAAAGCGUUUGUAACGCUUUACUCUAGGUAAAUUGCCUCGAUUAUAAAUAUCUAAAUAUCUAUAUUUAACGCACAUUGAACACUUAAUCCUCUACAGCAGUAUUGGUAACGACAGCGGAAACUUCUUUAUUGCCGCGGCGGUCUGGGUUCGAUUCCCGACGCGGUCAUCUUUUUAGCUCACCUGAGCACCAGGUGAGUUAUUGUGAUCGCUCGAUGUCCGGCGUCCGGCGUCUGUCUGUCUGUAUGCUGUCGUCUGUCGCUUGUCUGUCUGUCAACAUUUAGCUUGUGUAUAGAGUCUGUAUUUUUCAAAUGAUAUUCAUAAAAUUUUGUCAGAAUGAUAACCUUGAUGAAGUCUAGGCCAAGUUCGAAAAUGGGUCAUCUGGGAUUAAAAACCUAGGUCACUAGGUCAGAUCAAAGAAAACAUUGUGUUAGAGAUAGAAGCUGUAUUUUUCAAUUAGUCUUCAUGAGUUUUGGUCGGAAUGAUUACCUUGAUGAAAUCUAGGCCGAGUUUGAAAAUGAGUUAUCUGGGAUCAAAAACUAGGUCACUAGGUCAAAUCAAAGGAAAACCUUGUGUAGGUGAUAGAGGGUGUAUUUUUCAAUUAAUCUUCAUGAAUUUUGGUCAGAAUGUAUGCCUUAAUGAAAUUUAGGUCAAGUUCGAAUUUAGUUUACCUGGGAUCAAAAAAUAGGUCACUAGAUCAAAUCAAAGGAAAAAACUUGUGUAUGCGAUAGGGGCUGCAUUUUACACUUGAUUUUCAUGAAAUAUUGUGAUAUUGGUUGCCUUGAUGAAAUCUAGGUCAAGUUCGAAUAUUGGUAGUCUGGGUCAAAAACUAGGUCACUAGGUCAAAUCAAAGAAAAUACUUGUUUAUACUAAAGAUUUUUGAUCCAAUUUUAAUGAUAAUUGGUCAGAGUAUUUUUUCCAUGAAAUCACUAGAUCAAAUAUGUUUACACUGUUAUGGUGUGUUUCUCAGGUGAGCGACCUAGGGCCAUCUUGGCCCUCUUGUUUAAUAUAAUAUCAAGUUAACAUAUGUCGUGCGCUCGAGAUAAAUUACCGAGCGACGAGAUAAGAUGUCCGGCUCUGGAGUUAAGAUGUAUUGUGUUCGAGUAAAAAUCUAGCGAUCUAGAAAAAAGAUGUCGGUCAGUCGGAAUAAGAGAUCGUGCGCUCGAGAAAAGAUGUCGAGCGCUCGGUAUAAUGUGUUGUGCGCAAAAGGUGAUAAGUCGAGCGCUUGAGAUGUUUUUCUUCCAACAAGAGGGUCUUCAUGUUCUGCGUUUCGCAGCUCUGGCAGAUAUAGAAAAGAUAUUUAAGCAAGUCUAGGCCAUUAGCAGUCAUGUUUUUUUUUUCACAGACCAAAUAGCUCUAUGAAAAAUCAUUUGUGACGCAUUUUUUUUUAAUACAUAUAAGAAAAAAUGUCAAAGUGUGAUCUUGUAUGCAGAGUGUGUUUUUAUUAUAUAAAGCUAUGUUAUCUUGUUAAAGUAUUGUGUGAUCCUGUCUACCGAGCGUGUUAUUUAUCAGUAGGACACGAAUAUAAGAAGCUACAAACUUACUCUCACACUUGAAGGCAUGUUGUUUUAACCACGAUAAGAAGUGACCUAGAUUUAAACCAUAUCUCAGUAGGAGUGGCCUAUGCGAACCCUAAGAUUUAUGCCAGAAAUCGGUUUAUGUCUGGCAUUUCCAAGAUUUAUGCUAGCGCUGAUAAUUAAAAAACAUACCAGUUUAUAAACAGAUUGUACUUUGUACCUUUGAAAUAUGUCAAAAUAUUAAACACACAAAACGAACACAAA